AAUAAUGCGCAUGCGUUUAUUUUGUAAACAUGGCGAGAUGUGAACGCAGAGGUGCUACCGCAGAGGAAAAAUAUUAUGGGACAUGGAAGAUCGUAGAGUGUGUUUCGUUAGCCGGAUCAGUUGACACCAGUGGAAUAGAAGGGUGUCAAUUUCAUUUGUACGAAAACAAUGAUGUUUCAUGGAGAAUACCAGAUGGAUCAGAAAUCAUGCCGUUUUUUAACUCGGAUACAUACGAGUUUGUACAGAGGAUUAGACCCCUAAUAGGAAGGCGUGAGUCGGAUGUGAUAUCACUGAAAUUUUUUGGGACUUGUGCUGAACAUGUCAUUGAAUUUAAAGUGGAGACUUCUGAUGAUCUGAUGCUUUUAACUUGUGAGCGAUGUUGCAUACUUCAGUGUCAAAAGGUGAAAUCAGAAGACAUUGAAUUUGACCGUUCCUAUUGCUUUAUGCCUGCAUUAGAGGAAGGAUUCUUCUCUGAUCUGGUCAUUAAAUCAAAAAGUGGUAGAGAGUUUAAACUUCAUUCCAUAAUCCUGAAUCUGGCAGCUCCGAAUCAUGACUGGAAUUUGUCUCCCUUGAAUGGCAUGGCUGACAGCAUACUGACCACUGUGUUCCAUUUUCUUUACAAUGAGUGUCUGCCCUCGGGACUGUCGGAGGACACUGCCAGGGAUUGUAUCAAAACCUUGGAACACAUGUCCGAGUUUGACCCUUUCACUGAUCUUUGUCGGAUUUUCUUACGGAAUACAGCUCUUAAACAUCAAAUAGUUAGCCUUAUAGAUGAUAUGCAUGCAUGUGCCAAUAGGAUAAUUGAUCUCGUCAAAUGUAAGAAGCCAAACAUUAAGGGAGUGAUGCCAGAGGAUGCUUUGGUGGCCAAUCCCCAGAAGUUGUGUUACGUCAUAAAACAGGCAACACGAGAGGGUGCUGUAGCUUGCUCUAAGCUUGUGAUUCUAUGUGACCUAUUUGCCAGGCGAAGUGGGGAGUUACCUCAAGAGGAACGACAUGAUAUUAUCAAAUACGCACAUUCCAGAUUACCAAUAUUUAUCAAACAAGUCCAAGAAUUCUUCGAAGUAUUUGAAUACCAGUUAAUGUUGAUGGGACCUGAGCAAAAACAAGAGAUAGCAACCUAUAUAUUACCAGAGAUAGAAGAGUCAUUGACAACCUUGACUACAUUUGUGGAAGAAUUCCAGACAGCCCUUGACAUCGCCAUUACAACAAACAUUUCAGAGAAGGAGAAGGCUGACAAAAAAGGCAAAUACAAGAAGGAACAUGUGAAGGAUGUCCUCAGUAAAACACUAAAACAUGCUCUACAUGUCCGGGAAUUGAAGAAGCUCAAGAACAUGCAUGAAGCAGCAUCUGUUAAGUUGGAGAUGUUCCUGAAAAAGAUGCAUGUGUUUAGUAAGAAAACGGAGGCUGAGAAAAUCCCAUUAAUUGUGUACUUACUAGAUUCACUCAAGAAUAAUGAGGCCCCCUUGUUUGUGGACAGGAUGCAGCAGCUAGCUCUUGUCAUAGAAGAAAAAUACAAAUGGAAGGAGUGGAAAUACAUGUUCAAAUUGAGCUCCUCAAAAAUUGCGUGGGGAGUGCACAAGUUACGCUGUUACAAGUCAACCCUGUACAAGAGUAUACAACAGAUGAUGGAGCUGGUCAACAAGUCAGAUUUCACCACCACCCUCUCCGCCCUGGGGCUGUGGGACAGCAAGGGGGAUACAGUGACGUCGGACACAGACACCAAGUACGCCAGGUUAAGUUCUGUGGAAUCUUUGUGCAUUCCUCCUCCCUCAAGACAAAGCGUGUUGGCACAAAAAGCUCUGGACAUGUUCAGGAAGAAGAGAAAUACCGAUAUGGUCUUCGAAAUCAUCCUUGUUCGAGGUAUGGGAGACAUUGUGAUUGACCACACUCAUGGGGACCCCAUAGAGAGGCUCGAGGAUGACCACGAUGUGGAGAUCCAUCAGAUUCCUGCUCACUGUGUCGUUCUGGCUGCUCGCUGUAACUGGUUCUCGCGAGCGUUACUCAGUGGGAUGAGAGAAUCCAUUGACAAAAAAAUAACCAUACAUGACACAAAUCCGGAGAUGUUCAGCAUGUUUUUGGAGUUUUUGUACAGUGGUCACAUUCAGUCACAUUCCCUGUCCACAGAUCAACUUACAGAGUUACUUACCUUGGCAGAUAGAUAUGAGGUGGAGGGGCUGGGACAGGUGUGUGAACAGAUCCUCCUUCAGCAUGUGGACACUGAGACUGCCCUCUACCUCCUCAGUAUUGCGGACCAGUUCCAGAGCAAAACUCUCAAGGAUAGAGUGUUGACAUACCUGGGUGACCACCCUGAUCUGAGGAAUGGAGAUGUCUUUGUCCAGCUUCCCCAGCAUCUUCGUGCUGAGAUCGAGGAUGUGAUCCGAGAAGAAGGUGACCCCGAGAGAAGUCGUGCUGAGACUCCCAGCUCGUCCAGUCAGGAGGAUGUGGAGGAGAGGAUUAUGCACAUGUCUAGAAGGAGGUAUUCCUCUACCUCAUCAUCUUCCUCCAGUUUUGAGGGGUAUGGCGAAAUGCCGACAGAUCGAGCUCGACUGGCGGAGUGUAUUAGCGCCCUCCGUGCUGUCAUUGGAGAUGACGUUCCUGAGGAUGACCUCAUUCAGUUUGCACUAGCAGCCGAUUAUGACGUCAGUCGUGCCAUCAAUUUUUAUUUCCAAUCUGUCUGAGUUUUGACGCUUAUUUUAUGGAUCUGUCACAACCUGUCAUCUCAGGUGCUUAAGCUCUUCUGACUGACUGCGAUAUUUAGUUGGGAAAAUUCACUAAUCAGAUUUUAGUGAAAGUGGCUGAAAUUUAGUGUGUUCGAGCCAAACGUAGUAAAAAUAGUGUUCUGUUCCAUUGAUGGAUUUUGUGUGAUAACCAUUCUAAAAGGGAGCAUGAUUUCAUGACAUACAAAAUGUGAGGUGAACAUAAAAAAAUGUUGUAAUGUGAAAGUGUAGUUCUGUUAAUUGUAGUGUUAUGAAUGAUCAAUAUUGUCAAGAUAUGAAACAUAAUUUUGGGCCCCAACUAUGUAUUUCAUUCAUUGUAUUUCAUACUGAAUUUUUGACCGUCCAUCAGAUUUUGUGUUUAGCUUAUUUCUGAUGGAACAGUAAAGUAUAUACCUUUAUCAAACUUAAUACGCAGAUAUAUGCAUCCUUCUGAAAGCACAAUUUUUUUUACCUUGACAUUGCAGAUGUCCUUGAUCAUAUUCAUUGCUGGAUUUAACUCCUUUCUGACUAACCUGAUGAUGUUGCCUUCAAAUUUCAUACACUAAUCGAUCUUGAUUUAGCAUGACAAAAAUAACUGAUAUUUUGACCUUGACCUUCUGCUUCUCAUUACUGCACAUCUCUAGAUUUUCGGUUUCUGAACUUCUGAAUUUUCAAGGUGCUUAAUCUGAGGAUGUUUCAUACAAAUGCAGAUUUUAAGUUUUUAAAAGGUGCAUAUAUGUUCUGAUAUUUUUACCAUGAAUCUCCAUAUGACCUUUGAUCCCUUAUUUCAAGAUUUGGCAUUUAGCUUGAGUUUGUUUCUGACCAGCCGUGAUGAGGCGUCCUUACAUUCUGGACAUAUUUCUGAAUUAGUCAGAAUUAAAGAGGUUCACCCUAUCUCCCUUUUUCCCGACAAACAAUGCAGAUUUUUUCACAGAUUUUAAAUGUAUUUGAAUAGGUUUGGGUAUUUUAUAUAUUCCCAAGAAAAUUAAAGAGUUUACAAAGCGUAUAGAUGUUUUAAACUGUCAUCAUGAAAUCCAUUUGAUCCAAUGUAAUGUAAUUUAAGUAAUUUCAGUUUUAUUAUUAUUAUUAUUAUUAUUAUUAUUAUUUUUUAAUCAUAUCAUUAAUAGAUUUUUAUUGAUUUAUAGAUUUAAUCAUGAGUCAAUUAUUUUAUGCUGCUGGAUUUGAAAUAAUUGCAAUGAAUUAUGUAGUGUAAUUUCUCUAUGUUUUAAAGAUAUGGGUGCUGAAUAUUGAUUGUUAAACAGAAGCUGUGAGGAAAUGCUUUGCUCAUAUUAAUAAUGGAAAUUUUACAUGUAGUUGAUGGGCAUUUAGGAACAAUGUGAGCUAAAUGUUAACUCUCUUUGAAUGUGAUAUCCUAAUUUAAAAUGUAAUUUUAAAUUAUCAUGAAUUCCUUUUGUGUUAAAAUGGUCUUAUUGUUGAAAAAUAGUUUUUAAUUGUGCAAUGAUUUUCUCAUUUGUUUUAUUCAUUGUGUUCUAGACAGUCUCUUUACAGUCUUCAUCUCUAGUCAUUAACGAAUGUAUGAUUGUCUGUAAUGUGUUGGUUUUUUUUUGGUUUUUUUAGAAAAAAUGUGUUUUAAACUAUGUCCAGCUAAAUUCAUUUUAUUCCACAAUAAAACCAUUCUGAGAAAAAAAAAAA